GCGCGCCAGACCACCGGCACAAGUCCUCCUCCCUUCCAGUACACAGGACACGAGAGACACGACUCCUGCGGACCAUCAUGGCUCAGUUCACAACGGCUCUCUUAAUCCUUCUUGGAACCCUGGUCCAGCGCAGCCACCAAGGGUUCCUGAGUGGAGGCAUCGAUCGAGGCAACAACAAUGGCAAUCAGAUUGCAGGCCCGGGUGCGCCUCCCCACAGCUUGAUGGAAGCUCUCCAGGAAAGCGGCGGAUUCCGAGUGUCCGGCCCUUACCAGGUUUCGGCGACACCGUUCCAGAUGCCUUCGGGCUCUUUUCCGGGACCUACGCCUUUCCAGGGUGGCCAGGGAGGAUUUAACGGAAACAGAAACCAGGAAGGAAACAAUGGAAAGUUCGGAGACUCAGGAGGUGGUUUCCACGGAAAUGGAAACUACCCCAGGAACGCUGACAGCUUCCAGGGCCCUCGGAGUUUUCAGGGGCUAGGGAACUUCCAGAGCCCCGGAAACUUCCAGGGCUCCGGAAACUUCCAGGGCUCCGGAAAUUUUCAAAGCCCCGGAAACUUUCAAGGGCCAACUGGCUUCCAAGGACACUCUAACUUCCAUGGACAGUCCAGCUUCCAGGGACACUCCAACUUCCCGGGACAGUCCAACUUCCCGGGACAGUCCAACUUCCAGGGACACUCUAACUUUCCGGGACAGUCCAACUUCCAGGGGCAAUCUAGGCAGUCUAGCUUUCAGGGACAGUCUAACUUCCAGGGACAAGGCAACUUCCAACCACAAGGUGGAGUUGGCGGUCCCCAGGGCAGCUUUACCGGUGCUCAGCGAGGCUUUCAGGGCGGACUCGGUGGAGCCUUGGGACUCCGCAGCCAGUUAGGUCCUUCUCCUCCUCCGCGCACUCCCGAGGCCCCACAUGUGUCAAUUCAGCCGGCGAGUGUGAAAGUGGUGUACGUGCCUGUGGUCUCUACAAGCAUCAAGGCUUCUAGCCUCAGCAAACUGACUGGUGAAAAUGCUCACGGGAAGGACGGCACCAGCUCCUACUUCACAGGCAGCGGCGGGCAGUCGGGACUGUCUCAGCAAGAGGUCACCAAGCCAUCGUCGUAUGCCACCGGUACUGGGUCCUACGGAGCCAAAUCAGUGGGAACGGGCAAGCCCCAUGGUCACACGAAUGGCGGCCACGCCACGAUACCAAUUAUAAUCAUUCAAAAGGAGCACCACCAUGGCGCGAAGAGCGUGCAGCCAGGUUCCUUCCAGACACAGACAUCGCAGGGCUCUCAGAGCCAGCAGGGCUCCCAGAGCCAGCAGGGCUUGACGUCGAACGGAGACUUUCCCAAGCCGAGUUAUGGCCUAAGCAACAGGGCGCCUACAGAGACACAACAACAUCAGCCACGAAUUCACCAGGAACACCACCAGCGCCAGCAAACUCACCACCGCCAAGAGCAGCAAAACCACCACCAGCAACAGCAGCAGCAGCAGCAGCAAGUGACUCCGCAACAACAUCAGCAACAGGUGGCCCAGCGCCCAACCGACCACAGCCACGACUCGACAACUCGCAACACUCAUGGAGGGGCGGGAGCAGUGAUCCCAGUCAUCAUAAUCCAGAAGACACUACAGACUGCCGGUCGACAGCAGCACUCGCAUCAUCAGAAUCACUCCGGAGGUUACAACGUGCCCGCAGCGCCCCCGCCGGUGCGCGGGCCCACGGCCUGGAGUCCGUGGAGGUAGGCGGAGCCUUUCGAGCAGCAGCGUCGGUUUACACACUCUUCAUUCACCCUUCUCCUCCACCACAAUGCGAACCAUUAAAGACAUGAACGCGCCCCACCCUUUCCUUCUUUUCUUAUAUUUUUUAAGGACGCCAAAGAGAUAGAGUGAAAGAGUGGGCUGCUAGGUUGUCUGUGACAGAACCUUAUCGACAAUUAUUUUAUGGAAGAAUGGUUCCCAUAACACCAGAGAAAAACAAACAUUUCGAAUUUCUCUCCCGAAACCACGCUGUUACUGCGUGACUGCGAUGUCUUUCGCAUAUAUGUGUCCUUACUGUGCAGGAACUAUUGAGUUGAGCUUUUGUUCAGUUUUUUUUUUCUUUUCAUCAUUGGGAAGCUGUUAUAUAUAUAUAUAUAUACGAACAAAUCCUACUGAAGUCUGUCACGGCGUGGGACGCUUCAGCGAGAAUAUUGAGGUGGUGUCGUCACGCGUAUUUUGAUUUCGCUUCCUCUCUGGCGUGCCAAACCGAUGCUCCAAAAAAGGUUAACCAAUUUGCAACUGUAGAAAUCACUCAACCAAGUUAGCAUAAUUUCUCUGCAACGUUCCUUUAAAUGCGUAUGCAAACAAUAUCCCCUUCAGUCGCGGUGUACGUAUUUGCCUACACGGAGGCUGAAUAACCUACGAGGCAGUGUCACGCGACAAAACUGAAAACGGAAGUCGGCCCAGCAUGUCAUCAUGUUGCGGUAGGUUUUAGCAUCUUCCACCACGGCACUCAGCGCAUGCUCUUUUCAAAAAGAGAACGAGUGCGACAGCAACGUGCAGCUGCCUCACGUUGCUAAGGAGGAUAAUAAAUAUAUACGUUGUAAUAAGCGAACGAAGUUACACAAGCAUAUCGGAACAAGUGCGCACAGAUUAAAACCUACCGUGUACCAAGAACACUCGCCCGAAUCUGCCAAGCGCAGAGUCACGUGUUGGCCAACUUUUAGAGCAUGGAGGGAAAGAAAGAACUCCUUGUUUUGGAGGCAUGGGAAAGAACAGAAGUUAUGGAGACAGCUUCGUGGAGAGUUGACUAGUGGAGGCUGACCGCGUACUCUUAGUUCUUCCGUCUUCCGUGAUCAUUUCAAGCGACUUGUUCUUGGAGUUCCGCGCAUUGCCGGCAAGCGAAAAAAAAACACACAGACAUUGAGCUCCGUGUAAACUGGACCCUUUAUUUACCUAACAUGGAUUCAUUUCAGUUCAGUGAACAAAGGGCUCCUACAUGCGACAACUUCUCUGUGGCACUACGCAUGUUUUACGGGAAAUUCUUCGUGUCGUCCUCUAUCAACGCUGGCCUAAAGAGAUAAUUUUUUUUAACCUUUCGCAGAAUGUCUGCAGCCAAUCGUUGAUUUGCGAGUGUGUUUUGUGCCAAUAAUUUAGCUAUAUUUACAAGAUAAAAAAAAAGAUGAAAAAAGACGCGACGCGACUUACUUUACACUAAUCGAAAUUUAAUUACUCUUUACACAAAAAAGGACUCUCAUCGAUAGUACAUCAUGAUUCGUGACUGAAGGGGAUACGUAUAACGAACAAAUCAGCACCUGCCACAAGGCGCGCAGAUAUACGUGCUGUCAAAGUGAAGCAACGGAUCAGGAAAUGUUUAGGGAUAGCUAAAAUGCAUUCGAGCCAAUCUGCUGAUGUUUCUACACUUAAAAUUCUAAAAAAAUCUUGUUAUGCAUUUUUUUCCUAACACUUUCUUUUUACUUAAGGGGAGACCUGGCUCCCCAUACAAGAGUACUAAAUAAUCACAGCUGUGCUCUCCAAAUAAUUUAAUCGUGAAGACGAGAACCAUUCUUUAAGUUAGCUUCAUAAAUGAGCCAUAUUGUUUUUGUAUGGGCCACAUUUUAAUAAACACGUUUUUAAGGCUUCAUAAAUACUGCACGUUCUUAACAUCAAGCACAUUAUUAAGAAAUUUUAAGUGGAGGAACUGUGUUUUUUACACGUGCAUGUAUAAUACUCGAGCAAGCUGAAACGCGGAUGUCGCUUGUAACGUGACAUCUGCCAUCCGGCGGAUCACUUCGGCAUUAUAUGUAUCUUUUUGUACAUCUACAUCUCAGGUACACAAUACCACAGCUUUGAAUAUAAAUAUAUGUGGAUGUGUUGAGAUCAUGGACUUUGCUGAAGAAUUACGUGCGCCAAGUUUUCCCCACCGUCUUUCGCAGGGAAUGAACGCUGCAUAAAUAAAGCAUUCUGAGAUUUUUGCAACGUUUCUUGCAGUGCUAAUCUUGCGCAAAUAAAGCUUGUUACUCUGGA